AUGGCGGAUGCAAAUAUUCAUCCAUCCGUCAUUUUAAUUCGUGAUCGUUUACAUGAUAUAUUUCCUGAAAUAGAAAUUCCUCUUGAUAUUAUUGGAUGGCAUAUUCGACAAUCAACAUCAAUUGAAGCUAUAUGUUCACAUUUUGUUUCUGAAAUAUUAUCAUUUGGUCAAGUAACUGAUCCAAGACAAACUACAAAUGAUAUUCAAGAACAAAUAAUUUCAUCUAGUAGUUGUACACCUAAACAAACAACAAUUAAUGAUGAUACACUUAAAACACUUUAUGAUGUAUUUAAUACAAUUCCACAUGAUUAUAUUGAAAAUAUUUAUAUUCAAUUUAAAAAUAGUAAUAAUCCAAAUUGGUAUGAUGAUAUUGUUAAUGAAUUACUUUCAUAUAAUCUUAUAAAACCUUCAAUAAACAAACGAUCAUAUGAUGAUAUGAUUAUUGAUGAUAUAAUAUUUAUACCUGAUGAAUAUAAUCGUUUACUUGCUAUAUUACCUGAUAUUGAUCCUGAUUAUGCAUUAGAAUGUUAUAUGAGAUAUCGUGAAACAUCAUCAGAUAAAACAGAUUUAAAUAUAUUAAUAACAAGUCUUAUUGAAAAUGGUUAUAUUAAAUUAAUUGAUAAAUUAGAACGUUUACAUAAUGAAAGAUUAAAAGAAAAUUUACGUGAACCAAAAUUUGAAAUAAAUGAAUUUCUUAAAACAUUUCCUAAUCCACUUGAAUAUUUUUAUGAUCGUACAAAAAAUCUAUCAGAAUCAUAUAAAAAACAUGCAUAUAUUUAUUUAGCUAAUGCAUUUGCACGUGUAUCAAUUGAUUAUAUAAAACAAAUAUUAUCAAAUAAUAAUUAUCGUUUUGCACCAUCAAUAAAACAAUUACAAGAAGAAUUUCAAACAUAUCAUAUUAAUCAAAAUAAACAAGGAAAAAAAUCAAAUGAUGCUGUUCUUAAACGACUUAAUCAAAGAGCUCGUGCUCCAGUUUCAAUUCCUGAUAUACCAGAUGAAAUUUUUUAUAAAGAAUUAUGUUAUGUCAAACAUGAGGAUGAAAUUAUAGAAAUCAUUAUGUCAUCUAAAGAUAUUGAUACUGCAAGUGUUAAUGAUUUUGAUCCUAAUCGUGCAUUAGGUUUAUGGCAUAUACUUGCAACAAAUCUUGAUAUGUGGAAAGAUAAAUUAACACCAACAAUAACAUAUUCUAUUCAUGAUCAAUUACCUGAUGGACGUCUUCGUUUAAAUGAUCUUGUUGAAUAUUAUACUCGACGACCAUUUAGAGGUUUUGUACCAACAGAUAUUCGUGGUAUUGAUACACAAUCAAUAUCUAAAUCAAGUCGUUUUCAAUGGCGAGGAAAUGGUUUAUUAAAAUUAUUUACAAGUGAAUUUGGUAUUAUUUUCGUUGAUAAUGAAGCUUCUAUUGAUCAACCUUAUCAAUGGAUAGGAACAAUGUUUAGUUCAACAUUAUUUACAAAUGCUGGAGUUGAUUUAAUGACACGUACACGUCAACCACCAACAUAUGUAUUAAAUAAUUUUGUAGAAUUUUGUCAAGAAGAUCCUAUAAGAUCUUCAAACACAUUGAGAAAUUUUUGUUUUUUUUGUUUGAAUAAAUAUUUAACACGAAAACAAGAAUUUCGUGAUGAACAAAUUCGUAUUGCAACAGAAAAUGGUACAUUACAAACAUGUGAUUGUUGUUGUGAUGAUCAAUUACUUGAUGAUGAUAUGAUUAGUUGUGAUAAUAAUCAUCGAUUUUGUCAAACAUGUAUACGAAAUUAUAUUGAAAAUGGUUUUAUAUCAAAUGGUGAAUGUUUUUUUACAUGUUUAAAUUCAACAUGUAAAUAUGAAUAUUCAACAUCAUUAAUGAAUCAUUUACUUUCACCAACACUUCUUUCUCGAUUACUUAUUAAAAUUCAACAAGAAGAAUUACGUCUAGCAAAUAUUCCUAAUUUUGAACAAUGCAAAUAUUGUACAUUUGGAACAAUUAUCGAUGAUCCUAAUGAACGUGUAUUUCGAUGUUUAAAUCAAGAAUGUUUAAAAGAAACAUGUCGUGCUUGUGGUGAACCAAAUCAUAUACCAUUACGAUGUGAUGAAGUUGAAAAAAAAGAUGAAUUAGAUAUGAGAACAUUUAUUGAAAAUCGUGUUUCAGAAGCAAUGAUUCGAGUUUGUUAUAAAUGUAAACAACGAUUUUAUAAACUUGAAGGUUGUAAUAAAAUGACAUGUGCUUGUGGUGCAUCAAUGUGUUAUAUUUGUCGUCAACCUAUUCAUGGUUAUGAACAUUUUAAUAAUAAUGAAAAAUGUGGAGCUAAUACAGAUGUUGUCAAAUUACAUCAAGAAGAAAUGCAUUUAGCUUAUGAAGAAGCUAAAAAAGUUUAUAUUGAACGACAUCCUGAAACAAGAGAUUUAGUACUUAAAUAUGAUCCACAACAGCAUCUUGCUGGAUCUAAACCAAAAAAUACAUCAAAAAGAAAGCGUGGUAGACAUCGAUAUGAAUAA